AUGAGCUGCGAAAAAUCUAUCGAGAUGGAGUUCAAGUUAGGUUCAGAUUCACUCAAAUCGACCAAGAAAUCAUUGAAGUCAUUGAAAUCACAUAUCCAAUCAACUUCUGGAGUCAAUGAACCGGUUUAUCUCACCAUCAACACCAUAAAUCCUUUAAUCAAAUCCAAAGAAUAUACUCCAAGAGUGAUACCGUUAACUAACAAACUUGACAAAUUAGAAAACAAACUGAUUUUAUUGAUCACCAAAGAUCCUUCCACUCCAUAUAGAAAUAUUUUAACAGAGAAAGACUCCCCAACAGAAGAUGUUUUCAAUGAAAUCUAUACAUUAUCAAGAUUAAGGAAAAUGAGUUCCAAACAAAAAAAUUUAAUAAAGAUUUUCAAAGAAUUUGAUUUAAUAGUUGCAGAUUUCAGAGUUUCAAAGUUUUUACCAACUGUCUUAGGUGAAACAUUCUAUGUCAAGAACAAAAAGAUUCCGUUUUUAAUACAAAUGGCUAAACCUGAUCCUAAUGCCAAAUUAACAAAGACUGCCAAAUCUCAUAAAUUGAAAGAUGAAAGGUGUGAUGCAAAGUAUAUUAAAGGACAAAUGAAUUCCAUUGCUAGAAACACACAUGUCAUAAUACCAGCAGGUGGGAAUUCAUUAUCAAUGAAGAUCGGUUUUAUAGAUUGGAAUACCGAGAAAUUAAUAGAAAACAUCAAUGAUGUAUUGAAAUUCUUCAUGGAGAAACAUCCUCAUGGUGGAUUAAUUAAGAGCACAAAAAUGAUCAAGAAUAUUCAAGUGAAAACUAGUGAAAGUGUUAGUUUACCGGUAUUUGAAUAUGUUGAAGAAGAAUUAAGUGAUUCUGAUUCCGAUUAA